CUCGGCUAUUUUUUUUUUCUAUCGUCUCGCAACAGUGUCAGAGAAUGUAAUUUUAUACAAAACGUGGCUGAAUCUUCUGUAUUGAUUAGAGACCGGCUAAGUUUUAAUCAGUGUACCUGUCGAGCGGUGGAAGUCGCGUAGGAGAAUGACGGCUACCGAGGAAACGGAGCCGUUGAUAUCCACGAUGUCGGCAUCUUCCGCCAGUAAGACCCAGAGAGUCACUUAUCAUACAAUCUCUUUCGAAAACAAUGAGAGAGAUACGUUACAUGGCGAAAGCUCGGAAAACUCCUUCGAUCUUAAAUCGAUUUCGAACGUCUCGACAACCGUAAACUUCAACAACGAGAGUUUCGGUAACAGUAUCACGUACACGUGGAGCGACGUGAACGUGUACCACAGCGUGAGAACCGACAGGCUUUGGAAUCGGCUGAUGUUCAGGCCUAGAAAGUCCGUCGCACGGAAACACAUAUUGAAAGAUGUGUGCGGCGUGGCUUAUCCUGGCGAGCUGCUCGUAAUCAUGGGUGCGUCCGGCGCGGGCAAGACGACUUUGUUGAACGCGUUGACGUUUCGUUCAGCACGCGGACUCUCCGCGUCCGGCCUGAUGGCCGCCAACGGCCAGAGAAUAUCGCCGGGCGUUCUCACCUCGAGAAUGGCCUAUGUUCAACAAGACGACUUGUUCGUCGGCACGCUGACCGUUACCGAACACCUGAUGUUCCAGGCGGCGGUGCGGAUGGACCGGCAAAUCCCUCGUAACCAGAGAAUCAAGCGAGUUAACGAGGUCAUUGAUGAGCUUGCCCUUUCGAAAUGCCGCAACACUGUGAUUGGGAUACCUGGCAGGGUGAAGGGCCUUUCGGGAGGCGAGAUGAAGAGGUUGUCCUUCGCUUCUGAGGUUCUGACCGACCCUCCGUUGAUGUUCUGCGACGAGCCGACGUCGGGUCUAGACUCCUUCAUGGCUCACCAGGUCGUCUCCAUUCUGAAAGCAUUAGCGGCACGUGGUAAAACAAUCGUCGCAACUUUACAUCAACCCUCUUCGGAACUGUACGCUCUGUUCGACAAGAUCCUGCUGAUGGCCGAGGGAAGAGUCGCCUUCAUGGGUACAACCGCGCAAGCUUGUGCCUUUUUCAAGACGCUCGGCGCCGCCUGUCCCAGCAACUACAACCCCGCUGAUUUCUUUGUGCAAGUGCUGGCCGUGGUGCCGGGACGCGAGUUGACUUGCAGACACGCGAUCGAAACGACGUGCGACGUUUUCCGGAGAAGCGAACACGGUGCGAGCAUCGCCCUGGAGGCGGAGGCCGUCCACGGCGAAUUCGAGGACACCCUGAAACGGUUCAAACAUUCCGAGAAAUCCGGCCGAUCGGUUUACAAAGCGAGUUGGUGCGAGCAGUUCCGCGCGGUUCUAUGGCGAUCCUGGCUGUCGGUGAUCAAGGAACCGAUCCUCAUCAAAGUCCGCCUCUUGCAGACCAUCAUGGUCUCGCUGCUGAUCGGUGUCAUUUACUUCGGCCAGCGAAUAGAUCAGGACGGCGUGAUGAACAUCAACGGUGCCCUCUUCAUCUUCCUCACCAAUAUGACUUUCCAGAACGUCUUCGCAGUCAUUAACGUGUUUUGCGCCGAACUGCCGAUAUUUCUUCGCGAGCACAAGAACGGCAUGUAUCGCACCGAUGUCUACUUCAUCUGCAAGACCUUGGCGGAGGCGCCGAUUUUCUUAGCGAUACCGCUUGUCUUCACCGCCGUCGUUUAUCCCAUGAUCGGCCUCUAUCAAGAUGUAAAGCACUUCUUCAUCGCUACCGCUGUAGUGGCCCUCGUAGCCAACGUGUCGACUUCAUUCGGCUAUUUGAUAUCUUGCAUCAGCAACAGCGUGUCCAUGGCCCUCUCCGUCGGUCCUCCAGUCAUUAUACCAUUCUUGCUUUUCGGCGGCUUUUUUUUAAAUACAGCGUCCGUACCGCCCUACUUCGUGUGGUUCUCGUAUUUAUCUUGGUUUCGUUACGGCAAUGAAGCACUUUUGAUCAACCAGUGGUCCGAGAUCGAUUCCGUAGCGUGCACCAGAAGCAACGUGACGUGUCCAAAAUCGGGGCACACGAUUCUGCAAACUUUCAAUUUCAAAGAAGAGGACUUCUGGAUGGACAUCCUCUGCUUGUUCGCGCUCAUCGUCGCAUUCCGCUUUCUGGCAUUUCUCGCGCUGCUGUCGAAAACUUGCCGUUCGCAGUAAUCUCGGCACCUCGAUCGUUUUAUUACUUUAGACCAGAUAUACGCAACUGUGCGGCCCGCGAGGUUUUCCAAUCCGGUCCAAGUUUGACCCACAGAAAAGGUGAAAAAAAACCUUGAAAAGGGCAUUCGAUUUUGCCUCACCUCUACAUGGUGUUUCUUAGUUAAUAAAAAGUUCUAAAUUUGGCUGCUGCGGCCUGCGGUAUUGCCUCAAAUUGUACACUUGGCCCGCCAAAAAAUCUGGUUGCGUUUCUCUGCUGUAAACACAAAAACUGUGUGUGUACUUUUAAUAAACAAUUUUAAUAAAA